UUUUUUUUUUUUCUUCCGCGUCUUUAAUGGCGGCCAAUAUGCGAAUUCUACGCGUGAAGAUAAAGGGUCGGUGGUAGAUUAGCAUCUGCUCCUCCUUUUGGUUGGUUGUCAACAGAGAUGGCUACAUUUUGAAAGUCUUGCUGUUGUUUUUGUUCUUCGUGCCGUCUGUGGAAUUGCUGAAAUUUUUGGACAUGGAGAGAGCGGGGUUGGGGUGUUCAUUUUAAAGUGGAGUGUGAUGUUUUGGAAUUUCUGUGUUGGAUUUGGAAGAACUUUUGGCCUCGAGUGAAUUUGGUUUGAUUUCGAGCAAUUUCAGUUCGAUUUGGAGAGUGUAAUCGUUUUUCAGAAAAUUUUGUGAAGGACUUUGAAUCAGUUCGAGAUAGAGGACGAUUUGUGAACUGUGGUGCGUUUGAUCGAACUGAACCAGAAAUCGUGAAAUUGUUACUGAAUCAGAGAAUUUGGAUUUUAAUGCUUUUGAUCGACCUCUGAUGAGAAGAAAUUGAGGAAAAACCAUCAUGAACCAUUUGCAACCAUGAUUUCUUUACUUUGGAGGAGAUAAUGGUCCCUCAGUUGUCUUUUCUUUCAAGUAAACUCCGAAUCUCUCGAUAUCAUAAGAUUGUGCUGAAUUUCUGAGCACGUUAUAACGCUCGGAUUUGAUACCUUGCCAUCUCAAGAAGUUGUGAUUGAAUUUUGGCUGUGUUUCUCCCGAUUGAUCAUCUGGAUUCCAUGCCUGUUCUUCGCCACUCUGGAUUUCCUAGCGCCUGUCCUCGAGGUUAACUUGUCGGUGAAUUUCUCGGGAAAAGGAAAGCCAGAAAUUCUUUAGCCAGUCAUUUCUAAGUUGUUUUCUUCUUCUUCAUUCUUGUCGUCAGAGUUCGUGCAGCCAUGUUAGAGAAUUAAAUUCUGGACGGAAUCUUCUAAGAAAAUGGCGAAGAAGUCCAAAAGAGUGACGGUUCGUUACGAGAAGGAUCAGUCAGGCUGUAUGUGGGGUUUGAUUAGUUUAUUUGAUUUCCGCCAUGGCCGCGCCUCCAGAAAGCUAUUAGCGGACAAGAAGCGUCCGAGCAGGCAAACUGUUGGUACUGAAAAUUCAAGAAAUAAGUUUGAGGUUUUAGCUAAUUUGGAUGAAGAUUUGGACAGUGAAGAACGUAAGACAUUGGACAUUGGAAAGCCUAGUGUGAAGAAACUCAUAGAAGAGGAGAUGUUCAAUGAGCAAGGCUCGAGGAGGAUCGAGUGCGACCACUCGGGCCACGUAAAGACGACUGACCCGAAAAUGGCAAAGAAGUGUCGCAAGAAAAGCUGUGACAUCGAUGCCGAUUCCCUUAAUGCUGCUCAGUUUUUGGAGGAUCAAAGUGCUAAUAAUCUUCCUGUUGAUGUGAUGCUGAAGGAGAUUUACAGUCAGAUCCAUCGGAAGAGCACGAGUGAAGUGAAAUUCGACCCGGAUGACAAAGCAGAUGCGCAAUCAAAUGGGUACCUUGCUGAUUUAGAACAAAAAGUGGUUGAUGCUAUUAAGGAAUAUUUAGGCCAGAAGUUCAAUAUUGGGAAAGAUUUCGCUGAAAUUCACAAAGCUCAACACUCCAGAGAGAUCAUGGAUGCACUUCAGAUUCCCCAUUCGGACAACGAGCUGUUUCUAGAACUUGCACAAAACCCGAACUCUGUGUUGCUAAAGUACAUUAGGAAUUUGCAUGAUUUGUCAUUAGAAAAAGUUGAGGAACCCAAGGCACACAAGUUCAGUGAAGUUAAGCAGUCUGAGGAACUUGUUGAUACUAAGCAACGUCUAUUUUUCAGGCGAAAGGUCAAGCAUCGGGGUAGGAAGUUAUCGAAAGGGAAUGAAAAUUCUGACGCGUCGAGUAAAAUUGUAAUCCUGAAGCCAGGGGCGAAAGUUUUGGUGAAUUCUGAGGCUGGCAGCAUUCCUCCAUCAGCCCAACAUUCUACUGCUAACGAUAAAAGGGAAGUGCUUACUGAGAGGAUUAGUUCUAACUUUUUUCUUGCUGAAAUCAAGAGGAGGUUUAAAUAUGCUAUGGGAAAAGAUCACCAUGAACUCUCUGCUAACGGUUCGAAUAGAUUUCCUCGUGAUCGUCACUCUUCGAGGGAGAGUGAAAAGGGUGUUGUUAAGGAAAAUGGUGCAAGAAACUCUUCUAGUAAGAACCACUUUUUUAUUGAAAGAAUUGCCAGGCCUUCCACUGAUGGCGCGAGAGGAGAGAAGCCUGGAAAACUCAAAAGCUUGGAAAUAAAUCAAGAUUUGGGAAAUAUUUAUAACAAUAGAAGGAGCCCAUCUAAUAUUUAUGGGGAGGCGAAGAAACAUCUUUCUGAGAAGCUUAGCAGUGGGGAUGAAAGUGCAGAUUUUUUAAGGGGACAUGUUCCGAAGACCCUUGGACGGAUUCUUUCUCUUCCUGAAUAUAACUUUUCUCCCAUUAAUAGUCCUAAGAGGGACUGCAAGCUCAGCCCUGUAACUUCAGAGAAGAAAAUUUCUGCCAAUAGUAGACUUUUAAACGUUAAUGAAAUCGUGCCAUCCUUCGAAGCUGAAAGUAACGAUACCCCGGUCGGCCAAGGAAAAUCUCCAUUGUGCAUUUCUGACGAUACCCCAAACACCGUGCAGCCUCGAAGUGAUGAUAACCAUAAUAUCAACAGUGAUUUAGUUAAUCAAAGUAUAAGGAAAGAAGCUGUGAGUUCUAGUACUAAUGGGAUGGUUUCUGAAGGUGAUAUUGAGAUUCUAAAAGUAAAUCAAAUUGCAGUCCAUGAGGAGAGAAGUUCUUUGGAGGCUUCCUCUGACUCAAGUGAAUCUUCUCUUUUGAUAGAGGAUCAGAAUGGUGAAAUGCCCGAUGCUUGCGAUGAUAGAAGCGUUUCUGGUGCUCCCUCUGACCCUAUUGCCUCUUCCCCUAUCAGAGAAGAACACAAUGAUGACACUCGAGAUGUGCGUGAAAACGAACUUCCAAUAAGCUUGCCUCAAGAUUUUUCUGAAGAAAAUCAAUUGCCUUUAUCUGCAUCGGCAUUCCCUUCUGGCUCAUCGACUCCUGGAAAGGCUGAUGGAGAUUUAGGGGGUGUUCCAGAUGUUCCAGAGCGACCGAGCCCUGUUUCAGUUCUUGAGCCACUAUUUGUGGAUGAUAACACGAGCCCCGUGCAUGCCAUGUCCCUACCUGCAGGGUUACCAGUACAACCAGUGCAUAUCGAAUUUGAUGAUUGUGAAUCUGCAGAAACCGAUAAAGCUAACAUCCCGAAAUCGUCAAAGGGAGAUAAGGAUGUGAUUUUUGACUAUGUAAAGAGGGUGUUAUCAGCAUCAGGCCUUACCUGGAACCAAAUCUGUGUGAGGUGGCUUUCUUCAGAACAGCUUCUCGACUUGUUACUAGUCGACGAGGUAGAGCUUUUCCCAAACCAGCUAUGCUCUGACCACAAGCUCCUCUUCGACUGUAUUAACGACGUACUUGCUGAUGUCUGUCAAAGCUACCCCCCGUGGUUCUCGUUUGUAAAACCCUGUUUACGGUCGGAAUAUCUUGUCGAGGUUUGUGAAGGAGUAUAUUGGCAUCUUCUUCCAUUGCCACAGCCUCUUACAUUGGACCACCUUGUCACGAAGGACAUGAGCAGAACCCGAACAUGGAUGAACCUUCAUUCCGAUGCCGAAACUAUUGGUACCGAGACAUGGGAAGCCAUAUUCGAAGAUUUGGUGAACGAUACGAUAUUAAGCUGCGUAUGUGAUAGUUCGGAAUCCAAUGAUGCCUUGUGCAUGGAGAAUGAAAAUGUGAGUGUUGACUUAUAAAGAAUUGCAAAUAUAAAGAAUUGCAAAUAUUGAACUUGGGAGGACCCCUUUUGAUGAACUAUAAUAUGACUGAGCUGUUGCUAACUUGGUCUCCUGAGAUCGGUGUAGAUAUCGACCACAAUCUUACUAGUUCCAUAGCCAUGGCGUCGUUGAAGGCCUUCCCCCGCUCACUCUAGUCGUCAAACUAACACCUUCAACGGAGAAGGUUUAAGAGUUAAGUCGUUGCAAAAACACAGAGUCUGGUCCUUCACAUCCGAUAUCGACUUUGGAUCGGGUGUGAGGUCUGCAUAGUUGCGAUAUUGGAGGUGGCAGCCUCCCUUGUAGAUCUUGUAGAGUUUGGUGUGUUCUACUGGUUGAGGAAAUCGAUAUCGAUAUCGAUAUCCUGUGGUUUGAUUCAUUGAUUUGUUUUGUUUUGUUAUCUUUUUGGGUCACUUGUUAGUGUCUUUUACCUGCUGUGUUUGCAAAGUUUGACAAACUGUGAAUUUUUGGUUGUGUGAUUGGCUUGUUUUUCUUAUAAACAUGUAAUAAAGGGCGUUCCCUCCCUACUGACCCCAUGCACUGAAGAAGAAAUGUAAUACUUUAGCUUA